UGACACACUCCCGCCAAUUCCGACCAGGGAGCGCGAGGCAGGCAGCGGGGUAAACCGGAGUAUGUGGGAGAUGCGGAAAAAGAAUGCGUUAUGUUUUAUGUGAAAUAAAUAAGAAAUACAUGUCGUUUAAAUAACAGCAUACUUUUUGGUCCGUUGUUGUGGCAUUCUCGCAACCUGUACCGUUGUUUUAACGUUGAAUAUCGCAAACUAGAGGAGCCCCGGCUUAGUGGUUGGGAUGUUGGCGGCGGAAAACCACCCCUCUCUGGACGGACAUCUGGCAGCAUCGACUCCCCGCAGAAGAGGCAUGGAUUGUAAGUCAAGUAAGAAUGCCAACAAGAAACUUAUCCAAGCUCGUCUACCGUUCAAGCGCCUGAACUCCGACCCUAAAGAGAACCAGCUGCCCAAACGCCCCUGUGCACAUGCCUGCCCUGAACCAGGAGUCUCAGACAGGGAGAAUGAUUCCUCUGCACUCCCUGUUCACAAUGGACCACCCUUGGUUAAUGGUCGCGGUCCCCUUGAUGGUUUCCUGAGCCGUAGGCGCCCUGGCCCGUCAAAUGUGAACAUGAUUAUAGAUCUGACUGAGGACAACACUUUGUCUCCCGUAAAGGGCCUUGUGCCACCUACUCCAGCCUCUCCCUGUCUCCCAACAAAAGACAAGCAUCAAGACAAAGACAAAACUGCAUCUUUUGGGAAAUCCAGCAACAUUGAUCACACUCCUGAAAGAGACACUUCAGACUGCACAGUAGACAGCAAAGAUGAGGAAGAAGAUGUGGAGGAAGAAGAUGGUAAUCAGACGGCAUCUAUUUCACUGCUUGAUACAACACAGGAUUCUGAAAGUGAGCCAGAGGAGCAGGAUGAGUCGGAGAACGUUUCCAGUUUAGGAAACAGGUCUAUGCUGUCAGCUUCAUCUGUCAGCUCCACAUGUGAAAGCUCACCAGAGAAGCCCAAGACUGAUGACCCUACCCACACUAGUACACCUACAGAGCCAAAGACCACCCCCAAGAUACCAUCAGAUCAGAAACAGAUCAAAAGACGCUCAUUGAAGAGUUUACAAGAACAAGAGGAGAGACUUCUGCUGCAACGGGAGAAAGAACGACAGAAGGAAGAGGCUAAAGCUGCAAAAGAGAAAAAGAAAGAAGAGGCACGCCGACUUAAGGAUGAGCGAGAAAGGGAAAAACGCGAGAAGAAAGAAAAAGAUGAGAGAGAGAAAAAAGAGAAAAAGGAGAAGGAGGAGAAGGAAAAGGCAGACAGGUUAAAAGCAAAAGAGGAGUUAAGGAAAUCAAAGCUAGAGGCGAAACUUGAAGAAAAGCGGAAAAAAGAAGAGGAGAAGCAAAUUAAGGAAGAAGAAAAACGGUUGAAAGAAGAGAAGGAUCGCCUUAAAGCUGAGAAAGCUGAAAUUACACGUUUUCUGCAGAAGCCCAAGAUCCAACAAGCUCCAAAGACACUUGCAGCUGCGUGUGGGAAGUUUGCACCAUUUGAGAUAAAAGAACACAUGGCUCUGGCACCGCUAUGUCGCGUUCAGUGUGAGGACUCUGUUCUGGAGGAACUGGACCGUUUUUUGUCGAACCCUGGGGAGAACUUGAAUGGACUCAAAGACUGGAUCGGGCAGGGACAUCGCAGCUCGGGACCCACCAAACCCAGAAAGAUGAACUCACUCAGUGAGUGUAUAACAGUAGAAGGGCCACCAGAUGGUGUGCCAGAUCGUAAACGUUAUGGAUCCAUGAAGCUUCUGCAGUUCCAUUCAAACUACCGUCCAGCCUACUGGGGCACCUGGAGUAAGAAGAGUUUACACAUUUCACCUCGCUGCCCCAUCCGACAAGACAAGGAUUUGUUGGACUAUGAGGUUGACAGUGAUGAAGAAUGGGAGGAAGAAGAACCAGGAGAAUCCCUGUCACAUAGUGAAGGGGAAGACGAGGAGGAAGGAGGUGAAGAUGAUGAUGAUGAUGACGGCUUCUUUGUUCCUCAUGGCUACCUUUCAGAUGAUGAGGGGGCUCUAGAAGAAGAGGAGGGUGGUGACCUGGAGAAGCAGAAACUACGUCAGAAAGUGAAAGCAAGGGAGUGGGAUGAGCUGAUGUCCACCAAGAAGAAGAUGAAAGUGCUGGACCCAGUGGUGAGGGGCUGCGUCUGGGAGGGAGAGGGACCUGGUUUGCAGCUCUUCCAGCCUUUUGCUCUGUGUCUGGUUGAGCCUUUACCCAAGGCAGACACCAGCCCCAGCCCAGAGGAGCUUUCACGCAAGUGUCAGAGAGAAGCACAAUUACUCGGCCAGCUGCUGCCUCUGCUGCACGGUAACCUCAACAGCAGCAAAGUGAUCAUCACUGAGUUUCAGGAGUUUUGUCGUCAGCAGACCACCUCCUCGUCAUCAGCUCCUGAACUGUCCAGCCCUCAGAGCUCAGCAGAAAACAUCCCCACCAGAAUACAGGUGAAGCGCCUUAUCAAGAGCAAUGCUGUUUAUGAGAAGCGCUCAACCUACAGACGCUGCUGCUGGUAUGUGCACACAGAGGUCCUGUCCCGUUUUGGGCAGGAGGCUCUUCCUGUGCCCUGCCAGUGGACCUACCUCACCACAGGAGCUCGAGAAGAGUCCCGUGAAGAACCCCAGGUAGCCACAGGCUCUCAGGGAAACUCUCCCACUACGCCACAGACCUCCUCCACCACGGCUUCAUCCUCCAACAAAAGAAAAAGCACAGGCAGCAUGUCAAUCACCAAGUUCAUGAAGAAAUGUACUGACUCUGAGCAGAUGGAAGUAACAGAGACAGAUGGUUUUCAAGCUGACACUGAGGAAGACGACGAGGAAGACUGUGUCAUCAUCGCCACAGAGAAUAUCCCAACGAGAAAGAACUCCUCCAGCGAGGGAGACUGUCUGAUGGAGGUCACCCCCUCUGACAAAGCUGCUCUCCCUGUGGCCUGCACUGCUCCUACACUCGCCACUGCCUGAGGACAGGAUAGGCCGUCUCCUCUCACCAAGCUACCCUGUUAUCCUCUUAAAUGUCUCCUUCCUGAUUCUGAACUCUGUGUCCAAGACAGAAUCAAGUCUUUAAUCAAGAUUGAUCAGCAGAGCAGCACACUCUGGUACAGGCAACUCACAGCUGGUGGCCUCUGCUCAGUAUUAUGAGUUCCCUCUCACCUUUUUUUUUUUUUUUUUUAAAGGAGUCUGGAGUCAUCUUGCCUGUAAAAUGUAGUUGUGCAAUCAGGCGUGUCUGACUUGAUUAUUGAGGGCAGUUUUGUCCAUUGUUAAUUAACUAUCCAUCUGAUUGAUUUUUGCAUUGAAGUUUCAGUCAGAUGUGUUCAGCAUGGGCCUCUUUAAGUCUCUCAGGCACUGCUUUACCUACAGCAGACUGGGUUGAACAGAGGGGAGAGCAGCAUUGAAAUGCCCACAAGAAGAAGCAUCCAAGACAUCAAAAACAGCAUUAUUUACGGUUCUUGAAAUGUUGAAUAUAUGACAUUAUUGGAUAUCUUCUAGUCUAAAUGUAUAUAGUUUACCAGAAUUAAGAGUAAAGAAAUGAGAGGCUGGAAGUGAUCUCUGCAUUUCCCUUUGAUUUCAAUGGGUGCAUUUAUUCUGCAAUUUCUAACUUGGACAACUCAAUGGAGUAGUUGCUAGAGCUGUACUUGUACAGUUAGGUCCGGUGUCACAAUGUUUUAUAAAUAUGUAUUUUCUGUUUUGUUUUUUUUCAAGAAUACUUGAACAGGAUAAAUUCAUUAAACAUGAAUAAAAGUGCCGCACUUUUA